AUGUGUCUCUACAAUCGCAUUUACUCACAAUUUGCCCUCUUUGGUUUAGUUUCUUCCUCUACCCGAGUUCGAGGAUGUCACAAGUUCUUUGAACUUCGACACGGCGGAUUGUCAUAUCGUGGGGGGUGCGAUUUGUACACAACGAAAGCCGCCCGGUCGGAUCGGAAACUCUACAAUCAUAUCGAGCAAUCACUGGAAGCCCAAUAUGAAUCGAUUCUCCGACUCUCUGCAUCCUUGUCUCCACCAAAUGCCCAUGAUGCAGCUGAGACCCUGAACCUCUCCCGAUCGAGUCCUUUUGGCCCCCUGAGCGAGCAUUCCAGUCGACGGACCUUUGCUUAUUUGAUCGCCACACUCAACGCCAGUCACCCGGACUACGAUUUCUCCCACGUCUUGCGGCCCACGGAUUUCCGUCGUGAACGACACCUCAAGCGGGUCAUGAACACGGUCAACUCCACUCUCUUCAACCUUCGCCCCCGCGAGUCGAUCGAUCUUUCCCCAUCAUCGCCCGCAACCCUGUCCGGAUCAUACAAUGGCGGUGCCCCAACCUGGGGCCCCCGGAUGUGGAGAAUUAUGGAUGAACACAUGUCCCUCAAGGAGUGUUCCGUCUACUCUUACUCCCCGGAGGAGGACCCAUCCGAUGCCGAUGACGGAGCAAUCUGGAGUCUCCACUAUUUCUUCUUUAACCCACUCCGCAAGCGUGUCUGCUAUAUUUACCUCCGCGCGAUCCCCAUCCUCAGCCACACCCCGCCCGACGAGACCGAUAUGGCCUCCACUCCUACCGGCAAGCGCACCUUCGACGACGGCUAUCUCACACCUGACCUCAGUUCAAGUAAGCGAGCCCGGUAUUGGCUCGGAAGCCGCGCGGAAUCUUCGCUCCAUCACAGCGAUAGUGCGGAAGACGACGACCAUUACAUGUUCAGUGACGAGGAAUUACGCUCUCGCUCCGGUAGCAAGGGCAUGGUGCGGGCGAUGAGCGAGGAAAUUGCAGACUCCAUGGAAGUUUAA